AGAAAGGUCAUCCUGGUCCCUCUGGUCUGCCUGGUGAACCUGGUGAACAGGGAGAUGAUGGAAGCACUGGGGCCAAAGGCUAUCCUGGCAGGCAGGGUUUACCCGGGCCUGUAGGGAAUAUGGGGCCAAAAGGAGUCAGGGGUCACAUUGGCCUCCCUGGGCUUUUUGGCCGUCCUGGUCCUGAUGGCGAGAGAGGAAUUCCUGGCGUUCAUGGGAAGAAGGGCAAGAUGGGUAGGCCGGGGUUUCCUGGUGGUUUUGGAGAGAGGGGACCUCCUGGCCCUGAUGGAAACCCAGGUGAACUGGGAGCUCCUGGCCCAUGUGGAGUCCCAGGUCUUAUUGGAGACAUGGGCCCUGCUGGCGUUAUUGGCUUACCAGGACCACCAGGGCUCAAGGGAGUAUCUGGUAACCAAGGGGAGCCAGGACUGAAAGGUGAUAAGGGGGAUGUUGGCUUACCAGGAGAGCCAGGGCCUUGUGGGUUCCAAGGUGAUAAGGGUAUCCGUGGCCCACCUGGGUUGCAAGGUCCUCUUGGAACACCUGGACCACAGGGCAAACCAGGUGAAAAGGGUCCUGAUGGUAUACCUGGCCCUCCUGGCCUAGAGGGCUUCCCAGGAGACAUUGGCCCACCAGGACAAAAUGGCCCUGAAGGACCAAAGGGAAAGCAAGGGACAAGAGGUCUGCCAGGUCCAAGAGGAAUGCUUGGACUUCAGGGUGAUGAGGGACCAGUUGGGCCAGCUGGACUCUCUGGACUCGAGGGCAGACCUGGGAGGCAGGGAUUCCCUGGACUGACAGGCCCAGAUGGACUCAAGGGCGAGACCGGGAUAACUGGCGAGGUCGGAAAGCUUGGCGAGAGGGGGAUGCCUGGUUUUGUCGGGCCUGUCGGAGAAUCGGGCAUCGCCGGAGAAAAGGGGGAUCGAGGGAAAACUGGCAUUCCUGGGCCGCCAGGUGAACCGGGGCCGAUGGGUCACACUGGAAUACCUGGAGAGUCGGGGCCACCUGGACCACAAGGGAUCCCAGGGCCUCCUGGUUCACGGGGAUCCAUCGGCAUCAGAGGCCCCAAAGGUAUAAGGGGUCCGUGGGGUCCUGAUGGCCCAGUUGGAGAGAAAGGAUCCGCUGGAGUAAAGGGCCUCGAUGGUCCUCCAGGAAAAUUGGGCCUCUUUGGGGAGAUGGGAAAGCUUGGCGAGCCAGGUGAAGCUGGGCCUAAGGGAUUUCCAGGCAUCCAAGGACCCUCAGGGCCUCCAGGGGCCAAAGGAAUAGCAGGAGAGCCUGGACCAGCAGGGCCACCAGGAACCAUUGGACCACUAGGGGAGAUGGGACCAAUGGGGCCGACAGGGAAGGCUGGAGAGAGGGGACUGCCUGGUGAACGUGGAGAGAAGGGUCCUGUUGGUCUACCUGGCAAUAUCGGAGAGCAGGGUUUGAUUGGCCAGAGAGGGGAGCCAGGCAUUGAUGGAGAGGCUGGAACAAGUGGACCUGAUGGAGUCAAGGGAGAAAAGGGGGAACCUGGUCCAGAGGGUGCUAUAGGAGACAGGGGGGAAAUUGGUCUGAAAGGAAAGGAAGGACCUGUUGGUCCUCCUGGUCUGCUCGGUGUAAGGGGUCAGGAGGGGAAACCUGGUAAAAUUGGUGAGAGAGGAAAACUCGGAGAAAAGGGGAGCAAGGGUCACCAAGGACACCUUGGUGAGAUUGGCCCAGUGGGUGAGCAGGCGGAGAUCGGGUUUGUCGGGCAGAAGGGAGCAAGAGGAACUAUCGGGCCAGUGGGUGCUCCAGGCAGAAUGGGCCAACAAGGUGAACCAGGCAUAUCAGGUUAUGAGGGUCACAUGGGACUGCAGGGACCUCUGGGACCAACGGGUCCAAAAGGUGAAAAGGGUGAACAAGGAGACGACAGCAAGGCAGAAGGUCCUGCAGGCCCCCAAGGUGACAGAGGUCCUCCUGGUGACCGAGGAGAGAGAGGAGAGGCUGGUGACCCCGGGCACACUGGUCAAAUAGGAGUUGAUGGAAAGAGAGGUGAAGCUGGUGCCCAAGGAAAUCCUGGACAUCCGGGACUAAAGGGACAAACAGGUUGGAAAGGAUCCAAAGGAGACCAAGGUCGGAAAGGAAAAUCAGGGGCAAGAGGAGAAUCUGGGACCAAAGGACUACCAGGUCCAGAGGGUCCUCCUGGUCCACGGGGAGUUGUGGGCAGGGAGGGACUUGAGGGCCCGCUUGGCAUGGAUGGACUGCCUGGUAAAGAUGGAAGUAAAGGAGUAAAGGGGGAGCAAGGAGAAGACGGAGACGUGGGCUCUCCUGGCAAACCUGGCCUGCGGGGUACACCUGGUGUCAUAGGACUUCCUGGAAGUCAAGGCUCCUUUGGGCCAAAGGGUGAGAGGGGUCUAUCAGGACAAACUGGUGCAUCAGGAAAAAGGGGAUCUGUUGGUGGGAUGGGAUUGCCAGGAAAACAAGGAGACUCUGGACCUAAAGGACAACCAGGGGACACUGGUGAGCAAGGAUACCCAGGGGUGUUUGGUAUGUUUGGACCAAAGGGGCCCUUGGGAGACAUUGGCCUGGCAGGUAUACAGGGACCGAGAGGACCCCGUGGCUUGAUGGGAAUGAAGGGAGCUCUGGGCCCCGUCGGCAUCAUCGGCCCCAGCGGUCACCCAGGACCCCAGGGUGACAAAGGAAGUCCAGGAGAGAUGGGGUCGCAAGGACCAAGAGGCUCUUCAGGCCCCAGUGGACCACCUGGACCCCCAGGUCUUUCCAGCAUUCUUUCACUUCAAAACGAGGCUCUCGGUGUCGCCUUCAAAGUCAUUAUUGAUUCCAAUGCUGCACUGAGGCCACAGAUCAUGGACAUGCCCAUGUUAGACCAGGGCACAGAGAUCCUCAAGACCUUGCAGCACCUCAGCACUCUGAUCCGAAGUCUGAAAAACCCGCUGGGAACCCGAGACAAUCCUGCAAGAAUCUGCCGAGAUCUCUACAACUGUGAACAGAGGAUGCAUGAUGGAACUUACUGGAUCGACCCAAACCUCGGCUGUGCUGCUGACACCAUGGAGGUUACAUGCAACUUCACUGGAGGAGGACAGACAUGCCUGAAACCCAUCACAGUAUCCAAGUUGGAAAUAGGAGUGGGACGUAUCCAGAUGAACUUCAUCCAUCUUUUGAGCACUGAGGCUGUGCAGCAUGUCACCAUUCACUGCCUCAACACCCCUGUGUGGGCAGCAGGACCCUCCCUGCAACCUUCAUCUAGAGCUGUGAGCUUCAAGGCUUGGACCGGGGAGAAAAUCCAGGCAGGAGACCUCCUGGAGCCGCUCAUUCCAAAGGAUGACUGCUGGAUCAAAGAUGGCCGCUGGCAUCAGACCCACUUUGUCUUCCAGACCCAGGACCCAAACUUACUCCCCAUAGUGGAUGUGUACAACCUUCCCAGCACAGAGCCUGGAGCGAGCUUUCACCUGGAGGUUGGACCUGUGUGCUUCUUGUAAAGCCCUGUGCAGGCGCGGUGUGAAAAUACUACUCGGUGGAGUGACUGAGUGAAGGUGGGCAGACGCUGAGGGAGACUCAUGCUUCAGUGGAUUCCAGAGCAAACUUACUCCCAUUUUCUCUCCACAAAAUAUGCUUGGACUGCAGAAACAGGAGGGGGGAGGGGGGGCGCCAGAGAGAAGUCCCAGUGGAAAAAACAGAGUUAAGACUUCAAGCACUAAUCAGCCUAUGGAAAACAAUAAGAUAUAAUAAGCUUCUUUCUCAGAGACUUGUUUAAGUGACACAAGACCUGAAGGCCCUGUGUGGAAAGAAGUCAUGUGGAGCUGUAAUUCUGUCAUCUCUCGGGCCAUGUUGUACCAUAAUUUCUUCACGGCCUGAUGGGCGAUUUUGUCAAAACCUUUUUUUUUUGUUUUAAAGAGAUCUGUACAGAAACAUGGAACUGUUCCCUCUGCAGAUGCAAUGAUUCCUAUUCUAAUGUUUAAGUAUUAUUUAUACAUGUAUAUGUGCUGUAUAUUGUAAUAUAAAGUUUGAUUGUUAUUGUUCCACAGCCUGUAGGCAUAUACAGUUUCACGACACAUCACUCAUUCAGGUAUACAGUGUGCCUCAGACACACAGGAGCACUGCCACAUGUCCAGCUAUGUCUUCUUGAGACUCUGAUAACUAUACAGUGCUGAAAGAAGCUGUGUUCAUACAUUUUAUUUCUUCACACAAACAUCUGCAGUGUGGUGCUUUCCGUGUUAAAGUAAGUCGAAGCGUGUCUGUAGUGGAAGUGUGACCAGAUGCUACCUCGUCCUGCGCCUCUCAUCUCACAACAAAACAAGAAGACUUGAUGUCCUUUAGUCAUGGAUGAAGCAGAGGUGACAGAAGGUGCUGCAACAGUGGAACUCGUGUGAUAAACUCUUGUCAGCUCUCAACGAAAGCUAAAUCUUACCAAAAAAGGGAAGACUGUAAAACAAGUAAUAAACACAAAGGCUACAUCCAUUAAAUUACUUUUUUUAAAUUACAUUUUUAAGAAAGAAUUGUAACUUUUUCAAUAUAUUUAGUACCAUCUGCAGAUCUCUCUUAAUGUAAAUGUCUAUAACUAUACAACCUUUAUUAUUUACGAUUGAUUCUAUUUAAAUUUUAUUUAAAUUCUUAUAAGCUUUCCAGUUGAAAACCAGGUAUAAACGUCAGUUGUAUCACUUUUUUGAGCUUUAAGGAUUCUCCAGCCUGUGUGUUUUAACUCAACUGUUUAGAUAAUGAGCUGUAUUUCAGGACAAUAUCAUCCCUUUUUUUUAAUUUUUUUUUACUGUCUAUCAAUUGUUAUUCAAAAGUGCAGCAAUGGUUGGUUUCACCAAUCAAUAAACUCAGAGGAUUUCUUAGAAUACACAACAAAAAACUACCAUUGUACAUGUACUCAAAGUCCUUCUUUCCAUACAGACAUUCAAUGCUGUGUGAAUGAAGUCGGAUGACUCUCCAGGUAAUUCAAUAAUAAAAGUCUGAAACCUUU